ACUUUACAGCAAUUAUUGUUUAUUCUGUGCAGCUAACGAGUUAGCUCGUAGCUCAUAAUGUCUGCGUCCUAGUGAGCCGCCUACAUAGGCAUCAUGUUUGGGCGUCUGAGGAGGAUCUUUACGAAUCAGCAGGGAUUUUGGUGCGCUGCGAGUCAGCAGUAUUUUGGGACACCAUCGGCCCUAUUUAGAAAACUCGUUAGGUUUUGAGACACAAGCCAUGACUCGUUGACGUAUGUUGAGUGAUAAAGGUCCUCUGAUGAUAUCGUAUCCAGAAAUGCUGUCUAGGGGCCUGAUAAUGGCCAGCCAAGGAUGCUAGCGUUACCAUGGGCAGCGUCACUCUGCGCUACUUUUGCUAUGGUUGCCUCUUCACCUCCGUGACCUGGUCGAUUCUACUCUUCCUGUAUUUCCACCUCAGCCAGGAGAGCCAUUUGUCCUUCAAAAAUGUGCCCGUCCAGGGGCAUCACCGCUUUCAGCCUCGUUUCACCCGUGGCCCAGCGGUCCCUCGCAGAGAUGGCAGUAAAGUCCGCAAAGGACAUGUAGUGGAUGCUCUCAAGCCGGACCUUUCUCCAGAGCUGGGAAUGAUUUUUAACAAGCAGGACCAAGAGGUACGAGAUAUGGGCUAUCAUAAGCACGCCUUCAACGUUCUCAUCAGUAACCGGCUUGGCUACCACAGAGACGUCCCUGACACCAGGAAUGACAAGUGCAGAGACCGGAUCUAUCCGGUGGCCUUGCCCACAGCCAGUAUAGUGAUCUGCUUCUACAAUGAGGCAUUCUCUGCCCUCCUUAGGACAAUUCACAGCGUGCUGGAUCGCACACCAAACUACCUGCUCCAUGAGAUCAUACUGGUGGAUGACCACAGUGAACUGGAUGAUCUGAAAGAAGACUUGGAUUCUUACAUACAGCAGCACCUGCAGAAGAAAGUGAAGCUAGUUCGUAAUGAGAAGAGGGAGGGGCUGAUCCGCGGAAGGAUGAUUGGGGCAUCUCACGCUACAGGUGAGGUGUUGGUGUUUCUGGACAGUCACUGUGAGGUGAAUGAGGCAUGGCUCCAGCCUCUGCUUACGCCCAUCAAAGAGAACAGAAAAACCGUGGUUUGCCCAGUCAUCGACAUCAUCAGCGCAGACACACUAGUAUACAGCCCCUCUCCUAUCGUGCGGGGGGGAUUCAACUGGGGCUUGCACUUUAAAUGGGAUCCAGUGCCCAUGUCUGAACUCAACAGCCCCGAUGGAGCCAUCAGGUCUCCCACGAUGGCAGGUGGGCUGUUCGCCAUGGACAGGAAUUAUUUUUAUGAGCUUGGUCAGUAUGAUCGCGGCAUGGACAUCUGGGGUGGAGAGAACUUGGAGAUCUCUUUUCGGAUUUGGAUGUGUGGAGGCCAGUUACUGAUCGUUCCCUGCUCCAGGGUGGGGCACAUUUUCCGCAAGCGUCGGCCCUAUGGGUCACCCGGAGGUCAGGAUACAAUGGCCCACAAUUCUCUGCGUUUGGCCCAUGUCUGGAUGGAUGACUAUAAGGAGCAGUACUUUGCCUUGCGCCCGGAGCUGAGGAACCGUGACUACGGUGACAUCAGCGAGCGGGUCGCUAUUCGCAAGCGGCUGCAGUGUCAUUCCUUCAAAUGGUACCUGGACAAUAUCUAUCCUGAAAUGCAGGUCUCCUCCCCACACAAGCCCCAGCAGCCUGUCUUUAUCAACAAGGGUUUGAAGAGACCCAAAGUCUUGCAGCGGGGUCGGCUGCGUAAUAUUCUGGCUGACAAGUGUCUGGUGGCACAGGGGCGUCCCAGUCAGAAGGGAGGUGCUGUGGUGGUGAGAGACUGUGACCCACAGGACCCUGAGCAGGAAUGGGCCUAUGAUGAGGAGCAUGAGUUAAUUCUAGCCGGGCUGCUGUGUUUGGACAUGUCUGAGAUUCGUUCUUCUGACCCGCCGCGCCUCAUGAAGUGUCACGGCUCAGGUGGAUCUCAGCAGUGGACACUAGGGAAGAAUAACUGGCUAUACCAGGUGUCAGUGGGCCAGUGUUUGGCUGUUGCUGACCCACUCAGCAUCAAAGGAUAUGUUACCAUGGCGAUCUGUGAUGAUUCUGGGUCCCAGCAGUGGCAGUUAGAGGGCUGAGGAUGCUGGAAGUGUGAGGAACCGCUAUAGCCCCACCUCUGGCUGGGGACUGAACUGCACCGCCACAGUGCCGUCAGCUCAGAAACGGACAACAGACCCUUGCCAGUCCAGACCGCUGUGACAGGAUGUUGUGAGGGCCUACAGUGAGGAGGAGCUCAUCUUUCAGUUUCAGCUUUGGUCUGAAGCUUUCUUGACCCACAUUCUUUACUCAGAAACAACUAUUUUUAGAGAGUAUUUUAAAAAUCGUGUUUAUUCAAGUACUUGUACGUUUUAAUCAUUUUAAUUUGCUUUUGAAAUGUAAAUGAUUUGCACAGAAAAACUAUUUUCAAUGUUUUACAGAUGAUAGAUGUUCAUAAAUAUAAUCAUAGUCUGCUAGAUUUUGAGUUCAACAUUUUAAUUAUGAAUGCACCACUUCUUAGCAUUACUUGAUUAUAUUUUUUUUUUUCAAUCAAGUUAACGCAAGCCUGUAAUUUUGAAUUUCUUCAUCUGAUUUUAUUUGAUUUCAUGAUCACUGGAUUUAAUAAAUUGCAAAUGUAUUGGGUCGUUCUGCAAUGGGUUAGUAUUUUCUUAUUAUUGCCGGGAUUCCAAUAUAGAUAAGAUGAGUUCAGUAGAACAGCCUAAAUAAUAAAAUAAUAAAACCAAUCAACAUUGGUAAGAUACUUUAUUACAGUUAGUAUUAAACCAAGCGGCUUGGAAAAAGAUGGAGGGACAGUAUUUUUCAACUCAAUGAUUUUGGAUUGAAUAUGAAAGCUUCAGAUAUCUUUUUUUUUCUUCUUCUUCUUCUUCUUUUUUUUAUGGAUGAUGGUACGAAAAAUUUAAAGUCGUAUGUGAAUGUAAACUGCACUUAUUGUCAUUUUGUACAUGGAAUUGUAAAUACAACGGUACCAAAAUAAAAUAAAUCUUCACCA